AUGGAAACCGAGCCGACUUCGCCCGAGGCAUCUCAGCUGGACAAGGAGAUCGCCUCGUUGAGAAAACAAGCCGCGUCUCUACGCAAGGCCCUCCAGAUUCAGUGCUCGACCAUUCUAUCCUCGGCAUCGACGUCGCGCCUCAUCCGCUCCUCGUCCUCGCCCGCCGCGGGACGCCGGCCCGGCCGACCAGACGCCGCAUCAUCCGGACUCCGCAGCCGCUCGACGCAGCAACAGGCCUACAUGCAGCAAUGCGUGUACCGGAUCUCGGCACCCGUGACCUCCUUCAAGGUGCGCGACCCGGACCCCAACGCCGUCGACGGCGGCCACGUCCUGGGCCUGCGAUUCGAGAUCAUGUCCCGGGGACAGUUCCUGCGGCCCUACUACGUGAUGCUGAACCGACCGUACGCGGGCUCGAGGCACCUCCGCGUCCACAGACACACUGUGCCCCCCGCCGUGCCCCUGGCCGGCCUGGCGGCAAGACACCUGCCGCAGCCAUCGCGAGCAGGCGCGGGCAACGGCAGCAGAAACAGCAGCAGAAACAGCAGCAGCGCCGCGGACCAAGACCUCGACAGGUUCGCAAGGACGCUGCGGCGCGAGAUUGUACGCUACCACAACCGUCUCGGCGUCUCGGCGGACCUCCGACGGCGACUGGGCUUGCGCGAGAGGGGCGCGCAGGCGGCGGCGCCCAACGCGCUCGUGGAGGCGGGCAUCGCAGACAUUGAGGCCAAGCAAAUCAGCCUCGCGUGGGCCAACAACAAGACGGGCAGGCUCGUCAUGGACGACGACGGCAACGUGGUCAAGUUUGUCGUCUUUGGCAGCGACGGCCGCGACUGGGAGGCGUCGAGCGCCAUCUUCAGCAAGCACGACACCAUCGACGACGUGGCCAGGAAGCUGGAGGAGCGUCUGGCAGAGAGCCUCGGAUGA